AUGAAUUCAAAGCCAAUGUCAAGCGAGCAAAUUGAACGCCGGGCUAAAUAUAUAGCGGCCAUAAAUGUCAACAAUUAUUAUAUUGAGCACGAUGGUCAUAUACUGCCAAAUAAGCCUAGUAUUAUUGAGUGGCACCAAACAGUAAAGGACACCACUAUUAGACCGACAGACAUAUGGAUCUGCGGUUACAUGAAAUCAGGCAACACUUGGCUCUCGGAGAUCGUGUCCCUAAUAAUGGCCGACGGAGUGGUCGACAAAGUGUUUAAUCGGUCCAUAUCUGAAAGGGUGCCCAACAUUACGCUCGCGGUUCACGUUGAUUGCAAUUACAGUUGGUUUGAGGGGUUGACUGAUCCCAGAAUUACUGUUAAUCAUUUGGAGAUCAAAUAUUUACCACGUUUUGAAGGCAAAGAGGGAAAGAUGAUAUACAUAGUGCGUAACCCAAAGGACGUGUGCGUCUCGUUAUACCACUUCCACCAUAUGAUAAUAGCGGCCAUAGAUUGGCACGACUUUUACCAACUCUUUCUGGACGGCCACACC